AUGGGCUUCACCUAUGCUGCCACAACUUUGGCAUCCUCAGGCGCGCCAGAAUCUUCCAUCCGUCGGGUUAAAAGUCAAAUCGGCCAACUUGGGGACAUAACAAACGAACUAGAUGGAGACAAAGCGAGCACUUUCUUCGUCGGCGAUUUCCGAGACCCUACAGUAGUGUUUAGAGAAGGCCUUCAACCAGGUUUCGAUACAGGUCUCGACGAUGCUGCCGUUGCCAAUACACCUGAAUACGUAUUAGUAUCACCGUCGCACGGAGCAUCUAUCGACAGAUCAUUUGCCCAACAGGAAUUCGAGGCGCAAACCGGCUUUGUCUAUCAAGUCACCCUGCAUGGUCUGCCUCGGGGACACUGGCUUCACAAUACGAACCACAAUGAUGCCGAUGAGACAGCAGAUUUGUUUGUCGUGCCUGGAGCUAUUCCUCCUAGAAACAUUCAAGGCGCAUACAUCUACCACAAAGAUGGCUCGGGGCUUCCUGUAAAAACCAAAUGGAUACCGAACCAAAACCCCUCAGAUACUCCCCGCGCUAGGAAGAGGCAGACCAAAAGGCCCUGUGUCCCGAUUGACCCCAAUGACCUUGAUCCGGAGGAUGAUGACAGCCCGGUCAUAAAUGAGGAAGGGGAGGAGGAAGAGCCGAAGGACCCCCGUUGUUUUACUAACUACCAUGGCAGUCCUAAAGAUCGGGCGAGAGAUAAGAAGAAGAGAAAGAAGCCGGGAUCAUCUUGGAGGCGCCGCAAUUGUCUUGACUAG